AUGACCCCCAAAGUCCUCGUCGUCCUCACCUCCCACGACAAGCUCGGCUCCACCGGUAACCCAACCGGCUGGUAUCUGCCCGAAUUCGCCCAUCCAUGGGAAGUCCUCCACGAAAAGGUCUCCCUAACCAUCGCCUCACCAAAAGGCGGCGAAGCACCCCUAGACCCAGCGUCGGUAAAGAUGUUCGAAUCAGACGAGGUCUCGCAAAAGUUCCUAAAAGAACAAAAAGCCCUCUGGACGAACACGCACAAGUUGGCAGAUAUGCUCCCGCGCGCAGGCGAGUUCGAUGCCAUUUUCUACGUUGGCGGUCAUGGACAACCCAAAUCUAACGAGUCCAUAUCAGCAAUGUUCGACCUAACCGAAGACGCGACCUCCCUGGCUCUAAUCCAGACUUUCGCGGCAGCUAACAAGCCCGUCGCGGCUGUCUGUCAUGGUCCUUGUGUUCUGCUCAAUGCGACUGCGCCCUCUGGUGUGCCGCUUAUCUCUGGCGUUGGCGUGACUGGGUUCUCGAAUGCUGAGGAGGAUGCUGUGAGUCUUUCUUCUGCGAUGCCGUUUAUGCUGGAGACGGAGUUGGGUCGUGUUACCGGUGGGAAGUAUGUUAAGGCUGCGGAGCCUUGGGGGAGAUGGUUGUUGUUGGGAAGGCGGCUGGGACGGGGUCGACGAUUAUUACGGGGCAGAAUCCUGGUUCGGCGACUGGGGUUGGCAAGGAGAUUUUGA